AUUCAAUAAAUUCAAAUUCAUUCGUCAGCCAAUCAACGUUUUGUUUGUAUGAUUAUUUUGAAAUUUAUGUUUUUGAAAGAAACUUGAGAUAUAAUAUCUAAUAUAGUGAAUUUUAUGCGAAUAUAAUAAAAUGACAGGCUUUAAAAAUCUCCGAGACGUCUGUAAUGAUUUUGAAGCCGAUUUGCGGCAGGCGUCCGCUGAUCUUUUCUCCGCCAAAAUAGGAGAAUCAUUCGAAGAUGGAAUUAGCAAGAAAAUAAACGAUUUAUCGCUCUUUACUUCCAAACUGAGACUUCUGAGAGCAAAACCUAUAGCUGCGACUCCUCAAAUAGUGGAACAAGAGAAAUCAAAUGAUACUACUAUUGCAAACUAUGAGGAGCUGGCUGCGACCAAAGUUCUGGAACAGCAGAUUGUUAAGUUCCUGACACAAUCACAUGCGGUGCAGGAGCUCAUUACUACACAAGAUAAAAAUCUACAUCCAGAACUAGUCGAGAGAAAAGAGAAAAUAACAGAAGCAUUAUCAGAAUAUAGAAACAAAGAAUCUAAAUUGAGACAGUUAGAUGCUGUACUGAAGGAGAAGCAAGAACAGUUAGCAGCUGUGAGGAGACAGUGGGAUCAGGAGCUAGGGGAUUUGAGGGAUUUGCGGGAUCGAGGAGGUGAUGACGAGGAUAUGGACAUGACGGGACCAUUGGAUAAAAAACUCCGCACGAUAGUAUCCAAGUUGGAGGUUAUGCGGUGGUUGGUGGGCAAGCUGGUGGCGGGCCGCAGCGGCGGGUACGACUGGCUGGCGGACCCACAGCGCAGACUGACAGCGCUGCGGCUCGCCCGGCGCGUCAACACCGUGGAAGCUUUUACUGAAUAAUAUAUGUUUAUAACUGCUCA